AGCACUAGCAUCCUCUCAGCCCGAGCACCUUUCUCUUCUCUCUGCCAACUUGCUCACCUCCCUCCUGGGCACCAUGACCACCUGCAGUCGCCAGUUCACCUCCUCUAGCUCCAUGAAGGGCUCCUGUGGCAUUGGCGGUGGUUCCAGCCGCAUGUCUUCCAUCCUGGCUGGAGGGUCCUGCCGGGCCCCCAGUGCCUAUGGGGGCAUGUCUGUCUCCUCCUCCCGCUACUCCUCUGGAGGUGUCUGCGGGAUGGGAGGCGGCUAUGGUGGUGGCUUCAGCAGCAGCAGCUUUGGUGGAGGACUGGGUAGUGGUUUUGGUGGUGGCUUUGGUGGUGGCUUUGGUGGUGGCUUGGGUAGUGGCUUUGGUGGUGGCUUGGGUGGUGGUGAUGGGCUCCUGGUGGGCAGCGAGAAGGUGACCAUGCAGAACCUCAACGACCGCCUGGCCUCCUACCUGGACAAGGUGCGUGCCCUGGAGGAGGCCAACGCCGACCUGGAGGUAAAGAUCCGCGACUGGUACCAGAAGCAGCGACCUGCUGAGACCAAGGACUACAGCCCCUACUUCCGGACCAUUGAGGAUCUGAAGAACAAGAUCAUUGCAGCCACGAUUGAGAAUGCUCAGCCCAUCCUCCAGAUAGACAACGCCAGACUGGCAGCAGAUGACUUCAGGACCAAGUACGAGCAUGAGCUGGCCCUGCGCCAGAGUGUGGAGGCCGACAUCAACGGCCUGCGCAGGGUGCUGGACGAGCUGACCCUGGCCAGGACGGACCUGGAGAUGCAGGUCGAGGGACUGAAGGAGGAGCUGGCCUACAUGAAGAAGAACCAUGAGGAGGAGAUGCUUGCCCUGCGGGGUCAGACUGGUGGAGAUGUCAGUGUGGAGAUGGACGCCGCCCCUGGCAGGGACCUGAGCCGCAUCCUGAACGAGAUGCGUGACCAGUAUGAGCAGAUGGCGGAGAAGAACCGCAGGGAUGCAGAAGCCUGGUUCCAGAGCAAGACAGAGGAGCUGAACAAAGAAGUGGCCUCUAACAGCCAGCUGGUGCAGAGCAGCCGCAGUGAGGUGACUGAGCUCCGGAGGGUGAUCCAGGGCCUGGAGAUUGAGCUGCAGUCCCAGAUCAGCAUGAAAACAUCUCUGGAGGGCAGCCUGGAGGAGACCAAAGGCCGCUACUGCAUGCAGCUGUCCCAGAUCCAGGGGCUGAUUGGCAGUGUGGAGGAGCAGCUGGCGCAGCUGCGCUGUGAGAUGGAGCAGCAGAGCCAAGAGUACCAGAUCCUGCUGGACGUGAAGUGCCGUCUGGAGCAGGAGAUCGCCACGUACCGCCGCCUGCUGGAGGGCGAGGACGCCCACCUCUCUUCCUCCCAGCACUCAUCUGGCCAGUCCUACUCCUCCCAUGAAGUCUUCUCUUCCUCCUCCUCCACCACUGGACGCCAGACUCGGCCCAUCCUCAAGGAGCAGGGAUCCUCCAGUUUCAGCCAGAGCCAGAAUUCCAAGCACUGACCGGCCUCUUUCUCAGUCUCCUGCCCACCUGCCGGCCUCCCUCCCUGAAGGCCUGAGUCAGGCCUCUGCUCUCCCAGCACAGUCCGAAGCUGUCUCCCUGCUCUCUCCCCUGGUGGUGGGCUAAUAAAACUGAUUUUCUGGUUGAUGCAAA